CACACAAACAAGAAACCAGAAACUCCUUCCCAGAGCAUCACAGUUCAUUCAAAAUUUUUCCUCUGUCUCUCUCUGCGCAACUGUGACUGAUUUCAAGAAAUCUACAGAACCCCAUUAAAACAUUUCCCGAAACCAACCCAACACUCCAGCAUUCAAAUCAAAUCAGUAAUAAGACUAGAAAUUUUGAUGAGUAGUUGCAAGAAAUCCUCAAUGCCACGGCAAUCCUCGUACAACUCCCUCUAUGUAAAUCCUCUCAACGAGCUCAAACACAACCGUAGCUGCAGCGAUGGCGGCGGGGGCGUCUCCUCAACCCCACGUAUAUUCACUGACAACAAAGAGAACGCCGUGCCCAACAGGAAACAGAAUGAAAAGGCUGUCUUUUUUGGCGGUGACAAAGAGAAUGUGGUACCCGCAAAUGGGUCUGCUUCUGCGCCCAAGCGGUUCACGAAUAUCAAGUCUUUCUCUACGAACGGGAGGGUCUUGAAGCCCUCCUCGCUUCAGUUUUGCAUGCAAAUGAACGAGCCCGAUAAAUCUUUUGGGUCUAAGAUUUGGGACCCGGCCGAGUCGGAGACUUCAAGUUCUUUGAAAAUUUGGGACUACUCGGAUUCAGAGGCCGCUCCAGCUUCUUCUUGGUCAACAUUGCCUAAUAGGUCUUUGUUGUGUAGGCCAUUGCCACUGGAUGUAGGAAGGUGUACUUGUGUAAUUAUGAAAGAAGCAUCGCCAGAGGGACUAGAUGGGGGUACUCUAUACUCUCUUUAUACCAAUGAAGGUAAGGGACGACAGGAUCGGAAACUAGCCGUCGCCCACCACAAACGGCAUAAUGGGAAGUCUGAGUUUACUAUUGCUCAGAAUACAAAAGGAAUAUUGUCUAGUUCAGAUGAUGGUUUUAUUGGGGCUGUCACAGCUAACUUCAUGGGUUCUAAAUACCACAUUUGGGAUCAGGGGAGACACCUUAAUUCUCUAGCCAAUCAGUCUAAAUCACUUCUAGCUGUUGUCAGAUUCAUGCCUACGAUAGCCACCUGUACAGGAAGUUACAGAAGCAUGAUGGCAUACAUACCCAAGCACCAAUCCAUGUUGCUUAAGAGCACAACUCAGGUACAACACAUUAAUGGACUGCCAAAGGAUUGGGAGGAAAAAGUGGACAGAGUUCAUCAGCUAUUCUCAAGAGUUCCACAUUACAACAAAAUUAUAAAGCAAUAUGAGUUAGACUACAGAGACAGGGGAAGAGCUGGACUUAGAAUACAGAGCUCGGUGAAGAAUUUCCAGCUGACUUUAGAGGAGGAUGGAAAACAGACAGUCCUGCAGCUUGGAAGAGUGGGGAAAUCAAAAUAUGUGAUGGACUACAGAUAUCCUUUGACAGGUUUCCAAGCCUUCUGCAUAUGUUUGGCUUCAAUUGAUUCAAAGCUUUGUUGCUUGUUGUAAUGUUUUUUUCUGCCUAUGCCUUUUUGCAGUUCAACAUUUGAACAAAAGUUCAUUUUCGUUUUA